AUGUCGCCUUCUGCAGCGAGCUCAAGAACUGCUUCCUCGCGGUUACCGUCUCGAUCUCAAAAAGGGUCAUCUCAACCUCCAAGAAGCACUAAACGACAAAGCAGACACACGUGGACCGACGAGGAGCUGAACCUUCUUUCGCACCUUCGAUACCUUCAUCGCUGGGGCUUCAAACAAAUCCAGAAGUCAUAUUUCCCCUCACUUUCACCAAGUGCACUCUUAGGAGCCUACUGGCGCCUAUCCACUGAAGACCGCGUACGCCGAGCAUCAAAGGUCGCUGCUCCAAUUACCACCCCUCGCAAUACUACAAGAGACUCUCGCAGUGCCCCCAACGCUCAAUCUACGCGUCCUGGCCUUGAACAGGAACCAAGCUAUCUUCAUCAUCCUAUUUCUUGUCCAUUCUCCCAGGCGGAAAGCAGCACUGAGACCUCGAUCUUACCCUCGCCAAAUUCUGCUACUGGAGACGAACCUGUAGCCCAAAGCAGCAAUACACACCGCUACAACCUUCGGCCAAACAGACCUACAACCUUCCCACAAAGGAAACCGCGAUAUCUAGUUGACCGGCGCCGUUUCCCUCACUUCUCCAAGUCGUACAGGUACCACCUGAACCUGCACGGGCUGCCAGACGGAGACUACGUCCCGUUGUCUCACACACCUACGCCAGACUCAUCGGACCGUAGCCCUUCCGUCGUCUCGAGCCCGCCUAGUGUCGCAUCAAGCCUAGAGCUCUUUGGCUUGGAAACGCGUUCCCUCAACUCAUCAGAUCGUGGUUCCUCGGUUAUUCCCAGUUUAUCCGACGACAUCUCCAGCGCAGAAUUCUUCAGCUCAGAGGAGCGUCCCAUUCCAAUACUCGAUAAUGCCAGUGACUGGUUUAAGUGGAAUCAGAAGGUCAAUGAGUUCAUUCGGAUAUCCGCCGUUGCCGACGAUGGAACAACUCCACCAAUAGAGGAAGAAGAAGCACGGCUAUGGACUCAUCGCCAAAAGUUCUACUCUGCGAUGAUCACGGCAAAGCUGACCCACAAUGCAGCACAAAGGAUCAACGCUUUUGAGAUCUCUCGAGUCCACGCACUCCUAAAGGCAGUUAAAGACAACUUCAAACCAGAAGGCACUGGCACAUACGUGAACCUCCAGCGACGGUACAUGUCCCUCACAAGAGAGAAAUGUGGAAGCGCCCAAGCCCUCGGAGCCGAGAUCAGGAAGAUCCAUGCCGAGAAACUUCUCCUUGACCCUGACUGCGUGACCUCCGAGAUUGAGCGAACAUUCUUUUUCGUGCACGCAUUAGGUCCUGAGUAUGAAAGUUUCCGUGAUCAUAUAUUUCGGCAAAUGGACCUUGUUAACGAAAGAGAUGCCAAUGGUAACAUCACAAAAGCGGCGCCCACGUUCGACUAUAUCGAGAACAAGGCAAUUGAGGAAGAACAUAGGAAGGGGCAAUUGAGCAAACAACCAACAGAGGCGCAAGCACUUCCUGCUCUCGCUAUAAUCCGAGGGCCAGGUGAUAAGAAAGUCAUACCGUCAUCCGACGGAACGACAUGUCGAAUCGAGAUCGAUAACGUCCCAUAUUGCUCCCUCUGUCGGAAACCUUAUCAUGUGGACUCUGAGUGCUUUAGCAAGAACCCCAGACCGAGGGAUCAGAAGAAAGACGGAAAGAGCCACAAGUCAAAGCCAGGCAAUUCACAUACAGGCGCACGCAAGCCGUUGAAGCGGCGGCCCUCCCCGGAUGACGAAGAUGAUGAUGUCGGUGGUCCAAGGGAUCCAAAGAAGCCCACCUUCAUGGCGACAAAGGUCUCCGGAGAAGAUGUUAAUAAAGCAUUUGGAAAGGACGUUGAAGGCAACUUCGCUUUAUUCGACCACAUCCCCACAUUGAUGGCUACAAAAACCCUAUCGAUCCGUGACGCAUGGAUCGUCGAUAGUGGAUGUGCUCAGCACGUCUGCAAUAACGCCUCGAGAUUUGUAAAGAUGGACAAGUACCAUGGACCACCACUGAGAAGCGUCGAUACCUCCACAACUCCCUCGGGAGUGGGGGCAGUCAAUGUUCUGUGCAAUGUGCGAGGCAGAAGGAAAUGGCAUGUGCUUGACAAUGUCCUCUACGUCCCAUCUGCACAUGCAAACCUCAUAUCGGUGCUCCAGCUUCUCAAACGAGGAGCAAAAGUCGAAUUCUCAAGUCAAAGUGCUAGUAUUCGCAACAAGUCAAACGGAAGAACCUAUACACUGCCAGCCAAUAUCAUGGAGUCUAUGCACUUGAUCUAUGGACGAAUCUCACUUUUCCCUCUUACCAUCGAUGCGAACCUACAACGGCUUAAGAAGCAGGCCCACGGCAUCCGGGAUAUGGAGCCCCGUCAGCCAUGCAACCCAUGCCUCCAGGGACGAAUGAUUGAAAAGCCCCACAACCGGUCAGGACGGAGCAGAAGAAGGGAAUAUGCCAUGGAACUCCUCCAUAUUGACGUUGCAGGACCAUUUGACGAGGGUCUUGAUGGCAGUCGCUAUUGGCUCACCAUCGUCGACGACUUCACGGCGUGGAUUGAGGUUAUCCCUAUACCACGACGACAAGAAUUUGUUGUGGAAUCACUUCGGUUCUUUCUUUAUCAUAACGAACGCCCUGAACGAAAAUGUAGACGAAUACGCCUCGACCGAAUCCCUGAGCAAGUGGGAGAAGACAUGAAGUUCAUACUGUUCUCACGGGCAAUCCAUGCCGAGGUCACAGGCGUUGAUCAGCACCAGCAGAAUGGGGUUGCCGAGAGAGCCCAUAAGACAAUUUAUGAUCGGGUUGCGCCUACACUAGCACAUGCGAGACUACCACCAAAAUUCUGGCCAGAAAUUGCUCGAACCGCAGCCUUCCUCUCCAACCGGUCGCCGUCAUCAAAGAUCAACAUGACUCCGUAUCAAGCUUGGUACGGCGACAAGCCGGACCUAUCACGACUCAGAGUGAUCGGAUCCAAAGGGGAAUACUUGAUCCCACCCAAGCAGAGGAAGAAGCUCACAGAGCCAAGAACCAGGCCAUGCAUUCUACUAGGCUAUGAGGGAAAUACCAACUACCGUAUCCUGCUGGAAGACGGAAGAAUCGUUGGGACCCCAAAUGCUGAAUUUCACGAAGUCCUUACAGCUCCUUCCACACAGACUACAGAAGAUGUGGGAGCCAGACGAGACGGCUCACCUGAGGCAACGGCUGCUGCCGCAGGGGGGAGUGAGACGGUGGGACUAUUAAAUCAACCGUCGGUAGGCAUACGGCAAGCAUCCGUGCCCGCCUCUGGGCGCCAAUUGUCGAUGGCACCGCCAGAGCGAGCCCUACCUAAGUCGAGGAACAAUAUCUCGCACAUACUGCCUCGAUCGAGUAACGAUAACUCACGAGUGCUAACCCAGUCGAGUGACGAGGACUCGCAGACACCAGCGUCGUCUCAAUCGAGUGACGAUGACUCGCAGCCACCUGUUGCUGUACAGGGAGACAGGACCUUGUCGCCCACACGGAGCGAUGAUACCUUUGGACCAUUUGCAGAUGAUUUACAAAACAUCAUCCAAAGGAAUGACUCACCACCCGGCGGCGACCAGCAACAAGACGACGCUCAACCAGGUCUAGUUUCAGGAGAAUGGCAACGAUAUCCAGAACUCCAACUUGACCGCCCAGUUCAUGAAGUGCGACAAGAAGCACUAGAACACCACACUGAACUCAAAAUUCGCGCUCCGCAGGUCACACUAGACACUUUUAGUGAUAGCGAAGAAGAGCUUGCGUUAAUGAGUAUACCUGACGGGAAUGUCAUCCCAACGUUCUUAACGUUGGCUGCAGAGGAAACCGAACCCUUUGAACCAAAGACUCUUCAACAAGCAAAGAACGACGCAAGCUGGCUCGAAUGGGAAAGAGCAAUGCUUGACGAAGUGAACUCACUCAACCAAAACAAAACGUGGGAGCUUGUUGAUCCUCCCAAAGAUCGCCGGAUUCUCAGCGGAAAAUGGGUCUACAAACUCAAGCGAGGACCGCAUGGCGAAGUCAUCCGUCACAAAAGUCGAUGGGUAGUGAGAGGCUUUACACAAGAAGAGGGUAUUGACUAUGACGAAACUUUUGCCUCAGUUGUCAAGCCAAUGAGCUAUAAAGCUCUAUUCGCAAUCGCAGCGGCCCUGGAUUUAGAGAUCGAGCAAAUGGAUGUCAAAACGGCGUUUCUUUACGGCUACAUAGACCACGAGAUCUACGUCGAACAGCCGCACCACAUGACCGACGGUACAUCAAGGGUCUGCAAACUUCGAAAGGCACUCUAUGGCCUAAAGCAGGCUCCUCGGAUCUGGUAUCAGACACUUACAAAUUUCCUACGGAAUCUUGGCUUCGAGCCAAUCAGCGCUGAUCUUGGGAUCUUCGUCCGGAGCAACAUGUACAUCGCCGUGUACGUCGAUGACCUCCUGAUCGUGGGACCAAGCAUUGCGGAAAUAAAGAAGAUCAAGCGAAGCCUCAGAAACCGUUUUCAAAUGACAGAUCUCGGACCAUGCAGCUACUAUCUCGGGAUGUCCGCCCAGCGAGACCGUCAAAACAGGAUACUGUACCUAAGUCAAGAAGCGUAUAUUGACAAGGUCGCUCGUCAGUUCGGAAUCAGCAACAGCGCUCCCGUCAGCACACCGAUAGAAACCUCGCCACUUCCAGAGAAUAAUCCAGAUUACAGAUGCCCUCCAGAUCAAAGGACCACCUACCAACGCCUUGUCGGAUCUCUGAUGUAUAUUAGGCUUGGAACCAGGGGGGACGUCGCGUAUGCCGUCUCUGUGGCGAGCAGGUAUCUGGCAAAUCCUGGACCACAACACAUGAAACUCGCUCGACGCAUCCUGCGAUAUCUCAACGGCACGAAAAGCCUCAGGCUCACGUACAAGGGUCAUCACCAGAUGCUGAAAGGCUUUACAGACGCAGACUGGGGUGGAUGCCGCGACACCAGACGGUCAACAGCUGGAUAUCUCUUCAACCUCGGGAGUGGAGCAAUUAGUUGGCAAUCGAAGCGUCAAAGUGUCGUUGCCCUCUCGACCGUGAAGCUGAAUUUCUUGGCCAGACACAAGCAACCAAAGAAGCAAUCUGGUUGA